AUGCUAGGUGUGGGGGCAAGGAGCUUUCAAGAUGGCAAUGUUCAAGCAAUACCUUUAGUUUCUCAACAACAAAGGUAUCAAGCUGCAGCUGGAAAUGCUAGGGGCAUUCAGGAUCACGGCUCAGCAGGGUCUCUUGUAAAUAUUUCUGCAUCUUCCCCUGGCGGGCAAGAGAUGAUGGUCAAUUAUGGUGACAAUAUGAAUGUCGGCGCUUCACUACAUGGUAAAAGAGAGAAUCCAGAUGGACAACAAACACCACAAUUACCAUAUUUUAACAAGAGAUCAAGGAUGAAUUCUAUAGGUCCCGAUGGGAUACAACCGACACAAACGGAUAACCUCCAAACAUUUGAUAUGAGCUGGAGGACCUCGUUUCUUCAGCAACAAGUAAUGGCUAGAGGAAUGCAGUACGCUAAUCAUGUCGGGAUCCAUAAGUACCCACAAAUGUUUGAAGGGGUCAUCAAUCAGAGAUUCGGUGUGAAGGAAGAGCAGUUUGAUCCUGACAGGCUGGAUAGAGGACCGGAGCACAGUCAGGGUAAUAAGAGUGAUAUGCAGAUGGAAAGACUGCCCCAGCAUAUGAUGAGACCGAAUUUCCCUCCGGCAACAGCAUGGAGCAAUUUCAGCCAAGAGACAAGGAAGGAGGACCAGCAGGUUCCAAAGAGGAAAUCUGCACAAAGUCCUCAUGUGUCUGCAGGUGCUUUGGCUCAGUCUCCAUUAUCAUCGAGAUCUGGGGAAUUCUCAAGUAACUCAGUUGGGCCUCACAUUGGAGCAGUUUCUGCAGCGACUGCUGCUCUUGGUUCGUCGCAAAAGGAUAAGUCGGUAGUUACCUCCACUCCUGGGAGGACGGCUUCUUUGAAUUCCAGCAGUAAUGACUCCUUGACACGUCUGCAUCAGCAGCCUGCUCAAGUUGUGAGCAAAAGGGGGUCAAAUUCUGUACCCAGGACCACUGUUGCUAUGAGUGGAGUCGCCUCACCUGCAAGCGUUGGCAACAUGAACGCGGCUAGUCCUAUGGUUGGAGCAGCACAGAUGGCUGAUCAAGUCGUUCUCGAAAGAUUUGCAAAGCUUGAGAUGGUGGCUUCAAGGCAUAAGAUGCACUGUAAAAAGAACAAAGUGGAUGACUACCCAAGGAAACAAAAAACAUGUAAUACUCAGCUUCUUGGGGCUUGCCUAUCAAAUCCAUCCAAUAACGAGGAUUUCAAAGAUGACUCUGAAGAAAAGCAAUUAUCAAAUUCACUUGUUGGUGGCAGCAGGAAUGCUCCCAAGAUGAGAGUUAUGAAUUUUAUGGUAGGUGAAGGGGUGCUUCAAGGAAAUGUUGUUGCUUAUGUCCCAAAAGCACGUGCUAGAAUGGUCCUGAUGGAGAAGUCGAAUGAUGGUACUGUGGCUAUGCAUUAUGGAGACAUGGAUGAUGGCGAUAUUCUCUCUGCUGAUGAGUAUCUUCCUACCUUACCUAAUACGCAUCACGCCAAUUUUCUUGCAAAACAAUUCUGUACAUUGAUGAGCCGUGAUGGCUAUCUCGUGGAGAAUCACAUUGUACAAAAACCAACAAGGAUGAUGAAUAUUCAGUUGAGUAGUCAACCGCCAGUUCUGACUGGCAACAAUUCCACGCUGGAGAUGCAGCACCACCAACAACAAUACAAUGAAGCUAUCGCUGCUCAGCAGGCCGCCUCAAAUGAUGUGUCGGCCAUGUACUGUUACAGCCUCUAUUAA